UUAAAGUGUACGUUGUGUUUUCUUACAGGACAAGAAGUCCCAAACUCUCCAGAUCUGUUCACACGUCCACGUGUCACCAACAGCCUCUCCAGCUCCUGCAGUCAUUCUGGAACAACAAGCAGUGACACCAAUAUGAUGAACAAGCACUUAACGAAUGCUGGUGUCAUUUCAGAAUCUAUUCAUAUGCCAUCCUCUGCGUCUGAUGAUAAUAUCAUGUUUAGCACGGGGAAGAAUGAGGGAAAACAUGGAAAGAAGGAUGAUGAGGGACAAGAAAAGGAAGAAACUGUUACAGAGCAGCAGCAGGAUGGAGAGGACGUCCAAGGAGAAGAUGCAAAAGAUGGAGGGAGCACUGGAGAGAGGAGAGGAACUCUCAUGGCCGAAACAUCAGGUUCUGCCGACAGACGAGAGGACGGCCAGCGGUCAGCGGAGGAAGCUGAGGACACCAGAGCCUCUGAGGGUGAAACAAGAGACGAGGGGUCAGACGCAGCAGAGCACAGAGGAAAGACAGCAGAGCAGACACCAGCAGCACAGAUACCGACCCAGACGAGCACUGAUUGCUCCUCGGAGAAGAGCAACACACUGCAGGUCGUUGACUUCAUGGACGCUGAGACACCACUGGUUGUCUCUGAGCCCUCCCACCACCCGGAGAGUCUCUGUCAGGAUUCCACUGAGCAGGACGCUGACUCCAGACGAGUGAACGAGGGAAGUGGGACAGAGAGAGGACAGUUUCUCAUCCCCCUCGCUCCUGAUGAAGGCCGAAGAAGUGUCAAUCAUGGGCCUGAAUCUGUCACUCAAGUCCAUCAAGUUGAGGUUCAAACUCCAGACGCCGAGCCGCUCACUAAGCUGCCGAAUCUGAGUCAUCAGGUCUCUGAGAAAACCCCAGAAGAGACGCCAGGGGACGAAUCAGCAGCUGAGCCUCUGAGUGAUUGUGGCUCGGCUGUGCUUCCUUCAGCUGCUCAAACAGACGUUAUUAUCAGUGUCAGCGAGUUGGAGACGACUGCUGCACAAUCAGAACAGAAUGAUCCCUCUGGCAUUAACAGUGACGUGAAGCAAACAGAUGAAUCCAGUCAUAAACAUGCGAGUGAAGAAUGUGAACUAGGGAGAGCAUUUGUCGAAUCGCAGCCAUUUCCUCAAAGUCAGGAGAUCUCAGAGCAACAGAAGGGACCGAUCAAGUCUCUGAUACCUGAGGAAGAUGAUUCUGGUGCAAAGAGCGGACGUCAGGCAGAUGUGGACACACAAGAAAACUGGGACAGUGAGAUUAUACAGAUGAAAACUAAUUUAAAAGAUGUCUGUGUCGAUAUCACGAUGGAAACUGAGGAGGACGUUGAAUCUGACAAACGUCAGGACCAAAUGAAAAAUGAUAAACCAGAAGACGCAGGAGAUGAAUGGACCAAUAGAAGUGAGACUCAUUCGAAGACGUCCGUCCCCUCAGCUGGACCCGGGUCGUCUUUUGAUCUGGUCUCAGUCCUGCAUCAGUUUGCUCAGGGAUCUGAGCAGAACCAGAGUGGGUCUGAUGGACGCCUCCAUCUUCCUCCCAGCAGAUUAACCAUGUUCCCUAAGAGCAAACACAGCAGAGUCCCCUUGGUGAUUACCAGGGCGUCGGAUCUGUUGAAUGCCUCCAGUGUCUCUGGGAACGCGGCUUCCUCCGCGAGGCAGCAGCAGGGAGAGUGGAAACCUCUGGACCAGACGACGGCAGCAGAUACGGAGAGCAGAGCUUCUCUGUCGAUCACUUCUCUUCCAGUCUCGACCUCCUUCAGCACAGUCAGUGGUUUGUCAUGGCCGACCACUACAGGGUGUAGCAGAGCUGCAGCUCCUGUUUCUGAGCCUGACCUUGAGCCGUCCUUCUCUCAGGAGAGGGAGGAGCAACAGGCCUCCUUCAGAGCUCAGAUCUCCAAGAUCGAACAGUUUCUCAACACGGAGCGACUCCGUCUGCCCAAAAGACGGAAAACUGACAACUGACCCAUCAGAGGUAUUAACGGAUGCUGCUGUGUCUGUAGUUAUUGUCUGUAGUUAUGAGUCACACAUACACAUGCAGCAUUUUGUAGAAGCAGUCAGAUGUGCUAACGUUAAUAGUUUUCUUAAAAGUUGGACUCUUUCAAGUUCGAAGUAGAGAAUUAUUGUUAACUUGUUCUGAGGGAUUUAACUUUAACUUUAUAGUUAUUACUUAUUCCUGUAUACUAUACAGCUCAAUAAAUAGCUUGUUAGUGUGUUUUAUUGUAUCAGUGAUUGUUACUAUUCUAAAUAAUUCACGUUAUAUAUUAUAUUCCAGUGGACAAACACUGUUCAUUUGUUGGUGUCACAUUGCGAUUGUGUAUUUGAGGUUAUUGAUUGUUCUACUGGAAGUUAUAAUAUUGACGUGGCUAGAUUAACAUGAUGUCAUCAUUAAACAUGGUAUUGACAGGUAUGAAUUAUCAUAUCUAUAUAAAUAAAACGUUUGGUUUACAGUUCACAUUCGAUCAUUAAUUUCACUCGUGUGUUCACAGCACAUCAAGCGUUUCACAGCGAGAAGCCAAACAAAUAAAAACCCGUGAGCAGACGCUGCUGCCACAGUUAAACCGGCCGGUGACUGUUAACAUGCUAAUUAACAUCAAUUAGCUUCAUGGCUAAUCAGGGCCGCGUGUCUCAGAGGAACUCUAAUCCGGAGGUCGACACCGUGUUGUCUGUGCUGCUCCUGUUGUUGUUGUUGUAAUUACGACUUGAGACACAGGCUCCGUUAACACCGAUUAACAUAAAUUAAGAGAUAACAAUUAGAGCCCUUAACUGUAAUUAACAAAAAAGAUCAUUAAAACGAACACGCACAGUCCAAUUAACACAUUCUAACAAGCCUCUCGUUAACUUUAUGUUCCCUGUGCACCGGCUGCGUGU